CGGAGCACAAAAGAGGGUGUUCAUUCUGUUAUCAAAAACGGGCGUAAGGAAGAACAUAGGUCUCAUUCCGCAUUGUUCAGAUUUGUGAAUACGGAUAUUACAUGUGCUACCUUUUACGCAUGCCUUUGUCCGUGGUUUUAUCGGGGUGAAGGGGAAGCAGUUGUAGGUGGGCGUCUCUGUAGUAGGCUGAACCAUCGAGGGCUGCACCUCACUCAAUGAAGAAAUCUAUUUCUUUAUGGCUUUUCGGGCUCUCGUUUGAUAACAACUGAUGGCAUCCUCACAGAUGGUCCGGUGUAGACAUAACAUCAAGCCAUCAGAGCUGCCUGCUGAAGCAGCUGGACCAGCAGCGCCGACAGGAUCUCUUUUGCGACUGCAACGUGGUGGUGGAGGGCCACCUUUUUAAGGCUCAUCGCAAUGUGCUCUUUGGCAGCAGUGGCUAUUUCCGUAUGCUGCUCACCCAGGGAGCUAAAGACUGUGCCGAGCCAGCAAGCGCUUCGUUCGACGUCUUCAACCCAGAGACCUUCACUGUAAUCCUGGACUUUGUCUACUCGGGACACCUGGAGUUGACGAGCAGUAAUGUCAUCGAAGUGAUGUCAGCAGCCAGCUACCUGCAGAUGAACGACGUCAUUGCCUACUGCAAGGACUUCAUCAAGUCCUCCCUGGAGAUUAGCGCUAAGGAAGAUGACGACCGGUACCUCUGCCUGUCAGAUAACAGCAUGAGCCAUGAGCGCAGUGGUGAUGUGGACCAGGCUGGACCUUGCUCCCUAAAUGGUCAGCCCACAAUUUGGGCCGAGGAUGACGUGCAAUCGAAAGACUAUCAGGUGGACAUCAGCCCAGAGGUCACCCUCCUGCCGCCAAGCCCAGCCCAGCAUCCAAACAUGGUGAAAACAGAGCUGGAACCAGACCAAGAUAUGAAGCUAGAGUUUACCACCCUUGUCCCAGAGCGCAGAAGGAGGGGAUCCAAAAGGAAAGCCAGCGGAGGACGCUCGGUUGCCAGUGACAACUCCUCAAUUGACCUCCAGGUGGCAGCCUCACACAGCGCACAGAAAGCAGAUGAACUGUAUGCCACCCUGCCUACCAUUGUUGGAGUUGUGGGAGUCUUCAAUAAAGUAGACUCAAACCCCACCAUGCGUUUCAAGUGCCCCUUCUGCACACACACUGUGAAAAGAAAGGCUGACCUGAAGAGACAUCUCCGUUGUCAUACGGGCGAACGCCCCUACCCCUGCCAGGCGUGUAACAAGCGCUUCACUCGGCUAGAGCACCUGCGCAGCCAUUUUGAGACGAUCCAUCAGGCACGUAAGCUGGUGUGCCGUAAGUGCAAACGCCACGUGACCGAGCUGAGUGGGAGGGUGGUGUGUGAGGGCACACGGUGCUAUCGGCUGUGUGGCGUCUGCAUCCAGGAGACCGGUUACGCUGGCAUGACUGAGGGGGAGGGGGAGGGGGAGGGGGACCAGCAGCAGGAGGAGCAUUUGGCCACAGAGGAGCCAGAGCUACUGCUGGGGGUGGACGAGGACGAGGCCGAGGGGGAGGGGGAGAACCAGGACCCCAGCUGGGUCAUCACAGAUGACGACGACCUGGCCGAGGACUCGGGUGCCGACCUGAUCAUCCAGGAGGUGGACGACAGUGAUGAGGAGCUGAAUGAAAAGCAAGACUGACUGCAAUGCUGAAAUACUGAGGCUUAAUAUGGCCGAGGAGCGAGGACUGAGAAAGAGCGGUGUGAUCAUGUCAAGUUUCAUUGGAACAUGAUGAUAUUCUGAAUGUGAUUCUGAGUUUCUAGAGGAGAGAGUCGUUGAAAACGCAUGUCAUGGCACCUGAUAAUUACAGAAAUAAUAAAUUCAAGUGCAAAGAUGCAUUUUCUGUUAUGGGUGAAGCCCUUAUUAGUUUGGUAUGAGAGUUAAAUGAUUUUAUAAUCAUUCAAAGUUGAAUUGACCACUUUUGAACCUGAUGUAGCAAAAAAAUACACUUUUUUUGCUAAGGAAUAUUUGAAAUGCACAUCAUAGACAUUAUACUACCAUCUAGUAAUAUUGUUGCAUGCAUGGCUUUCUUGCUCUAAGCCACACUUUUUUUCUUUUAAUUUCCUGUUUCCCCUGUCUCUGAGGAGAGACAUAAAAAAAGUUCACCCAAACGUCAUGGCCUUUUACAAUGGUAAAAUUGUGAAAAAUUAAAACGAAGGAUAGCUUUUACCAUUAAGGUGCGUUAAACGAUCUUCUAAAGUUGCCUGAGUUUUAUACACAGCAUGAAUUCCACUUAAUUAUAGGCCUAGUAAAAUAUGGUUUGUUACUGAUGAUUACGUUGUUUAUUUAUUAUCUUUCGAGUGAUAUACUUUUAUACACAAUAAAAUAUUUUUAUACCCUG